CCUUUAGUACUUGCAGUUUCUUUGACGGGACUUUGCUGUUAACGUCAAGUCUUUCCUCUCUCACUCUCUGUGUCUGAGGUCGAUUUGUGAAGGAUAUCUUAUCCAAGAUUUCCAAACUUGAAAAAAAUCUCCAAAAUGAUCGUGUUGUUGGCGGGUAUCAUUGUGCUGCAUCUGGCCGUCCUGGUGUUGUUUCUCAUUUCUACAGUUGUUAAUUCUUGGUGGUACUUCAAUGAUUCCAAUAGUCUAGAUAUCUGGCAGAAUUGUACAUGGUUCGAUUUCUGGAAUUGCGAGUCAUAUACCACGAACGAAUGGCUGCAGGCUGUUCAGGCUAUGAUGAUUCUGUCAAUCAUCUUGAGCUUCUUGUCGCUGAUCUUGUUCUUCUGCCAGUUGUUCACACUCCAGAAAGGUGGCCGCUUUUACCUCACUGGGAUCUUCCAGCUACUUGCAGGUAUUUGUGUGAUGAGUGGAGCCGCAAUAUACACUGUGCAGUACCCACACAUUCAUGGUGAACGCUACAGUGGCAGCUACGGAUUUGCCUACAUUUUGGCAUGGAUUGCUUUCCCUCUGGCUUUGUGCAGUGGAAUCAUCUACGUCAUUCUAAGAAAACGUGAAUAACCUGCCGUAGUUCAUAACAAUCCAUAUGUUUGCCUUCUUUAGAGGAAUAAAAGAAACAUUACUGUUUUAAUUUGAAGAUGUAUAUAGUAUCUAUGGUUUAAAACCUAUUUAUAACACUUUUUACACAUGUACAUAGUAUUGUUUGCUUUUUUGACUGAAGCUCUAUUUUGCAAGCUAAUUAUAAGUGCCUACAGAACAUUCAUUUUUAACAGUUUAUUAAAAAGAAAUUUUGCUGAAGCCAAAUUCUGCAAUAAAAUUUUAUUUUGAAUAGAAUGUUAACCAAAGCGCAUGUACAAAUUAUAGCUAGUAGUGUUUUAAAGUGGUGCAGCUUGUACAAAUAAAUUUGCUAAUAGCUGACACAAGUUUGAAUAGUUUACUCAUGUAGAUAUAAAACAUUUACAAUUUUCAAUGGUGCUAUGUAUUUACCAUUCCUUGUGAUGAUAACCUAUAGCAAUCUCCCUCACUGGAGAGUUACUAUUUGCAAGAAGGUAAAAUAAAUGCUUUAAUUCUAUGGAUUUACUUUGUCUAAAUAUUUCUGUAUGAAUGGAGGUUUUGCUUUAGCAUUGUGGAGGUUUGAAAGUUAGUGUAAGCUAGGGACAGUAGUAUUAGGAAGGGUGAGAGGUGAUUUUUGAAUGCCCACAAUAGGACCUGCCCAACAGAAUGAGGCUACAGUUGUUUUGUCUUCCCAUUUUAUAGUCCAACCGUGUUUUGCUCUUGUUCCUGACUUGUGUUCUUUCCCCUACCUACCUUGGUCAUGCUAACGGUGACUUCAGUUUCUUUUGGGGCUGUAAAGUUAUACUAGUGGGAAGGUGUAAUGCUCAAAGUUCAGCUCUUAGCUGUUUUUGUUGUAUGGAGUCUUGAGGGCUCCCCAUUGCCUAACAUUGGGAAUAGCAAUCACCAUCAGCUCUGUUUCACAAAUGGAUGGAGUGGGCAGUGGACAACAAAUGUGUUGGGCGCAUGAUAUUACCACCACCACCACCAUACUAAGGACAAUCCCAAGCUACAGAAAUCAAACCUGUGCCCCAGAAUCAAUUUUCUAUGUUCCCUUUCUCGAAUGCAAGGGUGUUGUCUUACUCUAGAUAUAUUUUUAUCGUUCUUCAUUCAUCAACUUAUAGUAUAGCUGAAGAUGUCAGAAAACUAGUAUUGAUAGGCUUUGUUUUAACGGUUGAAAGCAUGCUAGAAAUUGUAAUUUAAGAUCUUAGUAUGCCCCACUAAAUAUAAAUGUAAUGUUUGGAACUAACAGUAUGUACAGUUGCUGGAAAUGUAUUUUAAAAAUGCUAAUGUAUCAUUGUAUUUUCAGUGUUCUGUCAUGAGCAGUUAUAAAAGUACAAAAGGGGACCACAAAACACGUAAUUAAAAUAAAUGGGAAAUAUUUUUAAAAGGAAAUCCAACAAUGUUUUCUACAUUGUUACUUCAAUGUAUUUUUGGUUCAUUAGUAACAUUUUUCAUUGUUUGAAAGAAGAGUAACAAUUACCAUGCAAUAAUAACAAUUAAACUGGUUAAUAUUCUAAAUACAUCUGUAGUACCCAUUUCUUGAGCAUCCUUCCUGACUGAGGCCUCCAAACAAAAUUUUAAUUUUUUAAAUAUGGUGUCUGUCAGCUGGGUAUUUGGCUUCCUUGGCUUGUGCACAUUUAAGACCAACGUUUUCUUGAAAGUUGGUUUUAUGUCUCAUUGACUUUUUGUGCCUCUUUUUGAUGAUACCAUUUUAAUUAGCCUUUUUUGGGACUGAAGUAGGUUCAUGUUUUCAGAAUUGUUAUUUUUUUUUUCCAGUGAUCUUGACAAAAAGUGGGAUCUUAAAUGUUUUGUUAGUGGUGUGAAAAGGUAAUGCAUGCUUCAACAACUUAAAAUAGUCUGUGGCUCUUGUCGAGAUAGCUAAGAUUUUCAGCCAUGCAAUGAUGUAUGAGCUUUGCUAUUUUAAAGCUGCAGGCCCUUUCUAAUGUGGCAACGGUAAUUAUUAAUGGAAGUUCAUUACUAAUAACAGUGGUAUCUUGUAAGGGAAACAAAAGUAUUGUGUAAAGUGAAGUGGUUUUCAAGAAAACCAAUUUUCGCAGCAGGAAAGAUGCCUCCCCUUUUAUAAAUAGCUGCUAAGGUUUGUCUUCUGCUAACAAUACCCAUCUUUCUUGGACAGAUGCUAACUGCACGAGUUCCAGAUGUCAAUACAUCAGUAACUCACUGAAAACACUGUUACUGCCUGGAGAAACUUGGUUAAAAUAUAGCAUGUGACAGUGGGAUGCUUGAAAAGUUGAGAACAAUAACGUUUUCAACUUGUUUUUUUUUCUCCCCUGCUCAUGGCUGCGUUGAAACAUUAAAAAUUUAGAACUGGAAACUGAGUUAGCUGAGUAUUACUCUAAUAUGGCUGAGUAUUACUCCAAAUAACUAGAAAGAAAAGUUCCACUGCAGAUAGUUGAAUGAUGUUCCAGAAAGCUGAGUUAUACUUCAAGUGAUUGAGUAUUGUUUGUUUCCAAGACAUCAGCCCCACUGCAGCUUUCAGCAGAAUAUUUAUUACUUUACUACACAAGAAGUGAAAUUAUACAGUACAGGCUAGUGUGGUUCAAUGCCACUAUCCGAUGCCAAAGUUAACCACUGUUUAGAAGGAGUUGUUGAAUAAACAAAGUCUGGCACUAUGCAAAAAAAAAAGGAACUGAUGUACUUAUGGCUAUAUAGGCCUUUGAUCUAAUAUGAAACACAGGUUACUAAAUUUAUUAUCCCUUUGAUGAAAUCUGUUCUUGUUUACAUAGUAAAGUAUAAUGAAGUAUGAUAUAGUACUAGUCCUACUUACACAGACCGCUCCUGCAGAUUUCUCUGUGUAACUGCCAUCCAGUGAAAUCUGCAGAAAGGUUUUGUGGGGGAAUUGUAUUUGAUAUGCUAACAAUAAAAAUGCCUUAUUGCGUGUAAGUACAGUCAGAUGUGUUUGAUGUACUUGAAUAAUGAUGAAAAUAAAUAAUACUGGCUUAUCUGUGCAA